AUGGAUUUCUCUGUCGACAUGAGCUGUGAGAUAAAAGUUAAUAGAAACUGCGAGCUUUGCCAUCGAAAAGUGACUGAAGUUAUGCAGUCUCUCACCGGACAUUACUCUGUAACGUAUCUUGGAGACAACAACACAAUUAAACUCAAGUCAAGAGCUAACCCUAAUGUGAUUAUGUGGCUCAAUCACAAGUACGGUGAUCACGGCAAGCUCACCAACUUCGUCAUGAACGGCGAACCUGUCACACCUCAACCUGGUGGCGGUUAUUACGGUCCUUCAGGCUAUAAUAAUCUUCCUUCCAACGCCCCUGGUUAUUAUCCAUACCCUUCUCCUUACGCUCCGCAGCCGAAGCAGUUUCUCCCCGGCAACUUUGGUCUCCAUAUGGCUAAUCCAACGCAGAAGGAGGCUCCACAGGGGAUUUAUAAGCAGCAUACAUCGCCACCGUCUUAUGUUAUGCAGCCUCCACCGCCAAUGCCGUUGUCUAGUUACUCUUACAUUGAACCUCCGUAUUGGCCGUUGAAUAGGAUGUGA